CUGAAAUCUUGACGGUGAAAAAAACCCCGUCUCCAUCGCUACUACUUCCAAAGAGCAGCGAAACGAAAACGAAAGCUCUGGUUUGCGAGAAAAGAAAGCCAAAGAUGGCGUCGUCGCUCACAUUCCCACGCGCGACAUUCGCCAAGCUCUCCCCGCACCCUUUCCUCCUCGCCAACCUCAACCCCACCGCAGCCGACAUCCCCCCCACGCGCACCAACGGGCGCCUCCCGCACCAGGCGCGCCCCCCGCAGGUCAACACGUCGUCCCUCUCUCACGCGCACGGCAGCGCCGUUGUGCGCGCCGGCGACACGACCGUCAUCUGCGGCGUGCGGGGCGAGAUCCUCCCCGUGGCCAACAUCCCGCAAUUCCGGGCGUCCGACAACAACAGCAGCAACAGCACCCCAGACACACUCGGCGGGGCCGGAGCAAAGAGCCGUGAGCUGAGAGACUACGACCUGCUGGUCCCCAACGUCGAGCUCGCCACGGGCUGCGCCCCGCAGUUCCUGCCCGGCGCGCCGCCCUCGGCGGCGGCGCAGACGCUGGCCACGCGCGUCUACGAGCUGCUGCACUCGUGCGGCGUGCUGGCGCCGGAGGACCUGAGGAUAUGGUACACGCCACCCACUGCGAAGGAGGACGGGGAGGAGGAGGAGGAGGGCGGGGACGCGCGCAUGGCGGGGGGUGAGGACGACGAGGGGCGGCGGCGGCCGGAGAUCGUGGCCUACUGGACGCUGUACGUCGACUUGCUGUUCGUGUCGUUCGACGGCAACGCGUUCGACGCAGCGUGGGCUGCCGUGUUCCUGGAGAAGGAGCAUGGGCCGUCGGCUCCUGGGGAGGGGGGGAAGCACUGGGUCCUGAUGGAUCCGGAUCGGUUGGAGGAGGGCCUCUGCCAGGAGAGGAUCACCAUGGUGGUGGAUAGGAGCAGUGGCGAGACCAAGGUGCGGGGGAUCUCGAAGGCUGGGGGGACGGUGCUGGGACCGGGGUUUAUGAGGGACUUUGCUCAUCAAGCCGAGCGGAGGUGGGACGAGUUCCAAAAGGCUAUGAGGUGAUUGGGGAUGUCAUGGAUACUGAGCUGUUGGCGGACGGAAACGGAUAUGGGGACUGCAAUGGAACAGCAUGGAUCUCGAUCAACUUGAUACCCGGUAGGCAGGCAGUCAUGGCCUUUCUAAACCACACAGAAUAAUGUCCAACAGACAUGGAAUUCAUACUGUCAAUAUUCAAGUGGCUAGUAUGUGGUUAAUCUGCACUCUUCUCUGAGAACCCACC